AUGCUUGAAAGUUUAUGUAACGCUAUGGAAUGUUGCGAUGGAAAUAUUCAUGUGUACUUAAGGCAGUUCGUGAUCUCUACUGUCAAGACGAGUAUUCAAUCUGAGGUGUGGGUGGAUAAGAAGAAGCAUCAUGAAACGAUGAAAGAAUUUUCUCAAACAUUAUCCUCUCAGGAAACAGAAAAAAAGAAGCACAAGCUUAUCAGCGAAUUCUACCAUACACAUUUUCAACAAUUCACCUUCGUCAUGAGUGUAAACAAUACCGAAUUACUCAACGUUGCUGACAUUUACAUUAAUGCAAAAGCCGAAUAUGAUGAUGACAAAUCAGCAGAAAAAAAUCAUCGGAGGCUUCAGCUUUCUGAUCCCAUCACAACAUUUUCUCGACAAAAUGUCAAAGUAUCAAGUUAUUUAAGAUUCAAUCUUAAACGACUCAAACUUCAUUUUCAACUACGGCACAGUAAAAAGCAGCAAGACAAAUUGCAUUCAUGUCAUAAAAGCGAGAAAAUUGUAACUUUAACAUGCUCGUUUAUGCUUGCUUGCUUGCUUGCACCAAUCUAA